AUGAGUGGAUUACCUCCUCCUCCACCGCCACCACCUGGUUUUGAUGAUAACUCUAGUGAUGAGCAUAACGAUGAUAUAUUUGGUUUACCACCUCCUCCACUAGGUUUGGAUUUAGAGGAUGAAACAAAUAAUCUUUUCAAAGACACUGAAAAUGAUUUUGAAACAAUAAAUGCAUUUGAAGAACAACCUAUAGAUGAACUGCUUCCACCGCCACCACCUCCACCUCCACCAGGAAUGAGUGGCGAAAUUGACAUAGUUAGAGAUCAUUUGUCAGAAUCUCCAAUUAGAGAUACAUCUGAUAUAAAUGAUGAUUUAACAAGCAAAAGAAGAAGAUUGAAUAAUCGUGAAACUGUAAAAUCAAGAAAAUUAAAGAAAAGAAGAAUGAAAUCGCAGAAAAAAGGAGGUUUAAUCCAUUCUCACAAAUUAGAAAUGCCCCCUGAACAUUUAAGAAAGAUUGCAGAUAAUCAUACAGAUAUGACCUCAAAAAGAUUUAAUUACGACAAACGUGCAUUCUUAGGUGCCCUUAAAUACAUGCCUCAUGCCAUUUUGAAAUUAUUAGAAAAUAUACCACAACCAUGGGAACAAACUAAAGAUGUUAAAGUUCUUUAUCACACGACCGGUGCUAUAACAUUUGUAAAUGAAAUACCAAGGGUAAUUGAACCCGUAUAUAUAGCCCAAUGGUCCUCAAUUUGGAUUGCAAUGAGAAGAGAAAAAAGAGAUAGGACGCAUUUUAAAAGAAUGAGAUUUCCACCAUUCGAUGAUGAUGAACCUCCUUUAUCGUAUUUUGAACAAAUAAGAAAUAUUGAACCGUUGGACCCUAUAAAACUAGACUUAGAUUCUGAAGAGGAUAAAAAUGUUGUAGAUUGGAUUUAUGAUUCAAAGCCAUUGAUAGAUAAUCCAAAUUAUACCAAUGGCUCUACUUAUAAGAAAUGGAAACUAGAUUUACCCAUAAUGUCCAAUUUAUCAAGAUUAUCACAACCACUGAAAGAUGAGAUUAAAGAUAAGAACUACUACUAUUUGUUUGACAAGAAAGCAUUUUUUACCUCAAAAGCAUUAAAUACCACCAUUCCUGGUGGUCCCAAAUUUGAACCUUUAUAUUUAAAAGAUGAAGAAGAUGAUUACAAUGAGUUUAAUUCGCUGGAUAGAAUAAUUAAUAGAAUCCCGAUACGAAGUGAAUACAAGAUUGCGUUUCCUCAAUUAUAUAAUUCAAGCGUUAAAUCCGUGGAAACACUUUGGUAUCAUAACCCCAUUGAUUGUUCAAAUGAAUCUUACCACGAUGCUGAUCAGGAGUUAUUCAACUUUGAUGCCUCCUUCAACCCCAUUAUUGAUAUUUAUACUCCAAAAAUAAACAAGGCAUAUGAGGAUAUAGAGGAUGAAAAAGAAGAAUUCACAUUUUCUAAGCCGUUAAGUGCAAUGUUUUCAAACGAAGAGCUAGCACCAAAUAAUUCCAAGGAUGCAAUUGGUUUAUAUAGUUCAACUUUUCCAUUUAAUAGGUUAAACGGUAAUAUGGUAAGAUCCCAGGAUGUAGCACUUGUAAAGAAGUGGUAUCAACAACAUCCAAAUAAAAGUUAUCCUACAAAAGUUAGAAUAUCUUAUCAAAAAUUAUUAAAAAAUUAUGUCAAAAAUGAAUUAAAAUCCAAACAUUUAACAAAUAAAAGAAAAACCAAUUUGUUGAAGGCCUUGAAUAGUACUAAAUAUUUUCAGCAGACUACUAUAGAUUGGGUCGAAGCUGGUUUACAAAUCUGUAACCAAGGUCACAAUAUGCUUAAUUUACUAAUUCAUAAAAGAGGUUUGACCUAUUUACAUUUAGAUUACAAUUUUAAUCUAAAACCAACAAAGACCCUAACGACAAAGGAAAGGAAAAAGUCACGAUUUGGCAAUGCAUUUCAUUUGAUGAGAGAAAUUUUAAAGGUUACCAAACUAAUAAUUGAUGCCCAUGUGCAGCAUAGAAUUGGGAACGUCGAUGCAUACCAACUUGCUGAUGGUAUUUAUUAUAUUUUGAAUCAUCUUGGUCAAUUAACUGGUAUUUAUAGAUAUAAAUAUAAGGUUAUGCAUCAAAUCCGUGCAUGCAAAGAUUUGAAACAUGUUAUAUAUUAUAGAUUUAAUCAGAUCAUAGGAAAAGGCCCCGGAUGUGGUUUCUGGCAACCAGCAUGGAGAGUAUGGUUAUUCUUUUUGAGAGGUGUCAUCCCAAUUUUAGAAAGAUGGUUGGGAAACUUAUUAAUACGUCAAUUUGAAGGCCGUUCAAAUGAAGUUGUUAAAACAACUACCAAACAAAGAUCCGAUGCUUAUUAUGAUUUAGAAUUGAGGUCAUCAGUAAUGAAUGACAUUUUGGAUAUGAUACCUGAAGAUAUUAGACAAAGUAAAGCUAGGACAAUUUUACAACAUUUAAGCGAAGCAUGGAGAUCUUGGAAAGCUAACAUUCCAUGGGAUGUACCGGGUAUGCCUGAACCAGUUAGGAAACUAAUUGAACGAUAUAUAAAGGCAAAAGCUGAUGGAUGGGUGUCUGCUGCACAUUAUAAUAGAGAGCGUAUUGUAGGUGGUGCCCAUGUUGAGAAAACAAUUGUUAAAAAAAACUUGGGUAGAUUGACAAGGUUAUGGAUUAAAAAUGAGCAAGAGAGACAACAAACCAUAGAGAAAAAUGGCCCCGAGAUUACUCCUGAGGAAGCUACUGCUGUUUUUUCUACAAUGGUCCAAUGGUUUGAUCAGAGAAACUUUUCACCAAUACCUUUCCCACCUUUGACCUAUAAGAAUGAUACAAAAAUAUUAGUAUUGGCCUUGGAGAAUUUAAAGGAAUCCUAUACUUCAAAAGCCAAAUUAACAGCUGCCGAGAGAGAAGAAUUGGCUUUAAUUGAAGAUGCCUAUGAUCAUCCUCAUGAAACUUUAAACAGAAUUAAAAAAUAUCUCUUGACCCAAAGAGUGUUUAAGCCAGUUAAUCUGUCAAUGAUGGAACAUUAUAAAACAAUAUCUCCGGUAUAUGCUAUUGAUCCAUUAGAGAAAAUUACGGAUGCUUAUCUAGACCAAUAUUUGUGGUUCGAAGCUGAUCAGCGAGGUCUGUUUCCAAACUGGAUAAAACCAAGUGAUUCAGAAAUUCCACCUCUCCUUGUCUACAAAUGGUCACAAGGUAUUAACAAUGUCGAUAAUAUAUGGGAUACGUCAAGUAAUCAAUCAACUGUCAUGUUGGAAACAAAAGUUACUGAUAUGAUAGAGAAAAUUGAUUUUACGUUACUAAAUAGGUUAUUGAGACUAAUCAUGGACCCUAACAUGGCAGAUUAUAUGACUGCUAAAAAUAACAUUAUUUUGAAUUUUAAGGAUAUGAGUUAUGUUAAUAAAUAUGGUUUAAUUCGUGGUAUUCAAUUUGCAUCUUUUAUAUAUCAAUAUUAUGGUCUCGUACUUGAUCUACUGAUACUAGGAAUUGACAGAGCCAAUGAAUUAGCUGGUACUCUUACCGAGCGAAACGAGUUUAUGCAAUUUAAGAAUUCAGAAAUAGCCAAUAAUCAUCCAAUAAGAUUAUAUGCCAGAUAUUUUGAUAAGGUAUAUAUUUUAUAUCAUUUUGAUGAAGAUGAUUCUGCAUCAUUAACUGGAGAUUUCUUGUCUGAAAAUCCUGAUCCAAAUUUCGAAAAUGCAGUUAAUUACAAUAAUAAAAAAUGCUGGCCACGGGAUGCAAGAAUGAGACUAAUGCGACAAGACGUACAACUAGGAAGAGCUGUAUUUUGGGAUUUCCAAGGUCGUAUUCCUUCCUCUUUAGCGAAUACUAAUUGGAAUACAUCAUUCGUAUCAGUAUAUUCUAAAUAUAACCCGAAUCUUCUUUUUACUAUGUGUGGAUUCGAAGUUCGUAUAAUACCAAAUGAAAGAACCAACGAAUCUACUUCAACAGAUGAAGGUGUUUGGGAUUUAAUCGAAGACAAGUCUAAAAGGAAAAUAGCAAAAGCAUAUUUAAAAGUAUCACAAGAAGAGAUUGAAAUUUUUGAGAGCAGGAUACGUAGUAUUCUUUUGACAUCAGGAUCUACAACAUUCACAAAAGUAGCUUCAAAAUGGAAUACAAAUUUAAUAUCAUUGUUUACAUAUUUUAGAGAAGCAAUUUUAUCUACUGAAGAAUUAUUAGAUAUUUUAGUCAAAGCAGAAACAAGAAUUCAAAACAGAGUAAAGCUUGGCUUGAAUUCUAAAAUGCCAACCAGAUUUCCACCAGCUGUUUUCUACACCCCAAAGGAAUUAGGUGGUUUAGGUAUGCUGAGUGCAUCUCAUAUCUUAAUUCCAUCUUCCGAUCUAAGUUGGUCAAAACAAACCGACACUGGUAUAACACAUUUCAGGGCUGGUAUGACACAUGAGGAUGAUAAAUUAAUUCCUACAAUAUUUCGUUAUAUUACCACUUGGGAAAACGAAUUCUUGGAUUCCCAGAGAGUUUGGAAUGAUUAUGCAACGAAAAGAUUAGAAGCAGUCAAGCAAAAUAGAAGGUUAUCAUUUGAAGAAUUAGAAAGCUCUUGGGAUAGAGGUAUACCACGUAUAAGCACCUUGUUUCAAAGAGAUCGUCAAACAUUAGCAUAUGAUAAAGGUCAUAGAGUCCGUAGAAUUUUUAAGCAAUACUGUAUAGAAAAGAGCAGUCCGUUUUGGUGGACAAAUUCACAUCAUGAUGGUAAAUUAUGGAAUUUAAAUUCCUAUCGUACUGAUGUUAUUCAAGCAUUAGGUGGCAUUGAAACCAUUUUAGAGCAUACUCUAUUUAAAGGAACAGGUUUUAAUUCAUGGGAAGGUUUAUUUUGGGAAAAAGCAUCCGGAUUUGAAGAUUCUAUGCAGUUCAAAAAGUUAACGCAUGCUCAAAGGACUGGUUUAAGUCAAAUACCUAACCGUCGUUUCACAUUAUGGUGGUCGCCAACUAUCAAUAGGGCCAAUGUGUAUGUUGGUUUUCUAGUUCAAUUAGAUUUAACAGGGAUCUUUUUACAUGGUAAAAUUCCAACUCUGAAAAUCUCAUUGAUUCAAAUAUUCCGUGCACAUCUAUGGCAGAAGAUUCAUGAAAGCAUUGUUUUUGAUAUUUGUCAAAUUCUUGAUGGCGAAGUUGACACUUUACAAAUUGAAAAUGUGAAAAAGGAAAUGGUCCACCCUAGAAAGUCAUAUAAAAUGAACUCAUCAGCUGCAGAUGUCACUAUUACCUCCUUAGGACAAUGGAAUGUAUCGCAACCAUCAUUAUUGCAUAUUUCUAAAGAUAAAUUUGAUUCUGCAGUUACAAAUAAAAUCUGGUUUGAUGUACAACUAAGAUAUGGUGAUUAUGAUUCUCAUGAUAUAUCAAGAUAUGUUAGAGCCAAAUAUUUGGAUUAUACUACAGAUAAUGUGAGUUUAUAUCCAUCUCCAACCGGUGUGAUGAUUGGUAUAGACUUAGCUUAUAAUAUGUACGAUGCAUAUGGUAAUUGGUUUGAUGGGCUGAAGCCUUUAGUUCAAAACAGUAUGAGAACCAUCUUAAAAGCAAAUCCAGCACUUUAUGUUUUACGUGAACGUAUAAGAAAAGGUCUCCAGAUCUAUCAAUCAAAUGUCCAGGAGCCUUUCCUGAACUCAUCAAACUAUGCGGAACUAUUCAACGAUGAUAUAAAACUUUUUGUCGAUGAUACAAAUGUAUACAGAGUAGUUGUUCAUAAAACUUAUGAAGGUAAUGUAGCUACUAAACCUAUAAAUGGGUGUAUAUUUACUCUGAACCCUAAAACAGGUCAUCUGUUUUUAAAAAUUAUCCAUACAUCGGUAUGGACUGGACAGAAGAGAUUAAGUCAGUUAGCUAAAUGGAAAACAGCCGAAGAAGUGAGUGCAUUGAUUCGCUCACUGCCUAAAGAAGAACAGCCAAAGCAAGUUAUUGUAACAAGAAAAACCAUGUUAGAUCCUUUAGAAGUACAUAUGCUAGACUUUCCUAAUAUUUCAAUUAGACCUACUGAGUUAAGGUUACCAUUUUCAGCCGCCAUGUCAAUAGACAAAUUAUCAGACGUUGUCAUGAAAGCCACAGAACCGCAGUUAGUACUGUUCAAUAUUUUUGACGAUUGGUUAGAUAGGAUAUCAUCAUAUACAGCAUUUUCAAGAUUGAUACUGUUAUUAAGAGGUCUCAAAACAGAUGAAGAGAAAGCAAAGAUGAUUAUUUUAGGUGAUCCCACAAUACCUAUUAAAGAACAUCAUCUAUGGCCUUCUUUUACAGAUGAGCAAUGGAUUGACAUUGAAUUUAAAAUGCGUGACUUGAUUUUGUCAGAGUACAGUAAAAAGUAUAACGUUAAUAUAUCUGCUCUUACUCAAACAGAAAUAAAGGAUUUAAUUCUGGGACAAAAUAUCAAAGCGCCAUCUGUAAAAAGACAAAAGAUGGCAGAAUUGGAGGCAGCAAGGGCAGAAAUAGAAUCAUCAGAAUCAUCUGCUACUACCGCAAUGAAAACUAAAUCUGUUAAUGCACAGGGUGAAGAGAUCGUUGUUGUUACAUCUACUAAUUACGAAAGUCAAGAAUUUGACUCCAAAGUCAAUUGGAGAACCAAUGCUAUUGCAAAUAGUUUACUGUACCUUCGUCUCAAGAACAUAUAUAUCAAUUCUGAUAACUUCAUUGAAAAUAAGGAUGUGUUUGUCUUCCCAAGUAACGUAUUGAAAAAAUUUGUUGAAAUUUCGGAUGUAAAUAUUCAAGUUGGUGCCUAUCUAUAUGGUAAAUCACCCCAGGGCCAUCCUGAAAUCAAAGAAAUAAAAACACUUGCACUCGUUCCCCAGUUGGGUAACAAUAAAUCUGUGGUUCUAUCAACUUUACCACAGGCAGAUGAAUAUCCAAGCUUAUCCGGAAUGGAGCUAUUGGGUUGGGUUCAUACAAGAACAAGUGAUUUGAAAUUUAUGACUGCAGCAGAAGUCACCACUCAUGCUCACUUAUUUGAGAACUAUAGUAGCAGUCUCAUCGAUAUAACUGUAGACUUGAUCAGUGGCUCUAUAUCAUUAAAUGCUUUUACAUUAUCUGAUGAAGGUAUCCAAUGGGGUUUACAGAAUAGAGAUAUGGUUAAUGAAAUGCCAGAAGGCUUUGAUGCUACAUUAAGUGUCCCUGCUCAAUUACUGCUCUCUGAAAGAAUUAUGGGACAAUUCAUGACCCCGUCUUCGGACGUUUGGAAUUACUUAUUUAUGAGUAAUUCCUUCAAGGAUGAUUUGAAUUAUGAAUUAAAAGUUGGUAUUCCUUGUGAAUUUUAUAAUGAAGUACAUCGUUCCACUCAUUUCUUGCAAUAUUCAGAAAUUGCAGGAGAAGAAGAACUCGAAGCUGAACAACAGGAUUUGUUUUCCUAG